AUGGCGUGGAUUUGGAGAGAUCCCAGCUUCAUGGAGCUGUGCUGUGACCAGCACUUUGCGUUCAAUGCAGGCACAGUUAUCCCAACGCAGCGGAUAUCCGCGCAGAGCAGCCUCAACAACUCCACGAAGCUCCUGCAGAGGAUCAUAAACAAAACUCUAGAGAAAAGCGGCGAACUGGUCUCGCCGCAAAUGCAUUCGGCGCUGCUCAAGGCGAAGGAGUCUAUCAGCGUCAUCGAUUCAGCGCUAUGGCAGCACCUCCUGGACUCCACAUACGCAGCGAGGGGUGGCGAUUUCACCAUGCUCCACAGGUUCAUCUUCGGACUGCUGACGCGCCUCAAGGACCUGCCCAACGACAGCUGGUUCCUAAUUCCCGGAGGAGUCAGGCUAUCGGACGAAACACCCAUGGACUGGACGGGAUAUGCGGUGUACAAGCUCCCGCAAUCCUCGGGCUACGUGUUCGGCGUCAUCAACACGGGUGGGCCCGGGCUCAAGUACCAUUCCUUCAAGCUCGACCGUUAUACGAAGAUGGGGAUCUUGCAGAGGGAUUCGGGUGUGAUGCUUAAGGACGUCGACCCCGAGCGACUGCUGCACAGUGCGUUCUGGUUCGCCUUGUUUCGGCUGAUGUAUGCACCGAGCCUACACAACUACGAAUAUCUCUACGAGGUGCUCCUGCCUUACCUAAACUCGAAGCCACUUAUGCUCAACUGGAAGCUGGAACCCCAGUCACAGGUGCGUUCGGAUAGCGUGGAGGAAAAGCAGCGUUCCGCCGGCAGCUCGGCGAAGAAGGUGCUGAUCGAGGCCUUCACUAAACUGAGCAAGGACCACGGCAGCAAGGUGCAAAAGAGUGAUUCGACCAAGGAUAUGCUGUUCGAACUCUCCAGCAACUAUGGUGGUGUGUGGAUGGACGCUCCGGUCAACGAGUACAAGCCCAACUCGAUGACCCGGAUGAUCAUGGCAUAUGUCGAACUCGUGCUUCGCAAGGACGAGAAUAACGACACCGAGGUGCGAAUGGUGCACAUAAUGUUCCAGCUCAGUCUUUGCCUGCUCAUCGACCAGGACCUGGACGCACUUACGGAAAAGGACCUCCAGGCGGCCCAGCUUAGCAUCCGCAGCUCAUCGCUUUUUGUGGAAAUAGCGUGCAAACGGCUCGCGGUGAUGCUAGCUGAGGAGUCAUUGCAGGGGUCGCAAAAAGACAACCUCGUCGACGUCGACAGUAACGCUGAGGAGUUCUCCCUUCAGGCGGCAGCCGCCAUGUCCAGCCUGGUGGGGUCCACGAACAGCCCAUUCCCCAGCGUAGCAAAGGCAGCGGGUUCACUCGGUCUUCAGGGAGAACGGUUUCACUACGACGCGUCUUCACCUCUGCAGAACGUAUCGGAACUCUACAAACUGGCUGCGUGUGUAAUCGGCAAGGUGUACGGUAACCUGCAGGCCAAGCUGCCACCGAAGGCCCUAGGUAUGGGUCAGGGGUCAUGCACCAUCGACAGGAAGUUGUGCGCCCAAACUACGGACAUCACCCUCAAUUGCGAAUUCGCAAAUUUCGGCAACUUCAGGUUAGACGGGCCUAAUGUCAAUGAACUGGCCAAGGGCUCCGUUAGGUCACAGCUGCUGCUGCCAGUCGAAAUGACGAGCGUCGAAAUGCCCGUGAACAACUUCAACGAUGUUUGCAAGGUGCUUAGGAGAUGUGUGGAAGCGUGCACCCUCCUUUCCAACCAGCGAGACGCCAUAUCGUACUCAUACGCAUGGCGGUUCCAGCUCAUCAGGCAUGUGCUUUUCGAGGUGCUGCCACUGCCGUUGCCUAUACCGAUACGGAACGAGGACGGUUCUAUGCCAGCUCCCGGUCAGGUGAUGUGUUUCUGGGCCAACGGCGACAUUGAGCAAGAGACACAGGUGGACAUUCUGCGGCUCCUGCAGAUGUUGGCUAGGCACGUGGCGGUCACAUACUGCUCGCUUAUCAGAACCCGCACCAUUGAAGGUGAAAAGGCUAUCAUGUUGGGAGCGAUUUGUGCCAUCACGGACGCGGUCAUCCGUAAAGUGGCCGUUGACACGCCCAGCCACGUCGCCCUGCUUUACUCAGGCAAGGGCAACGGGCCUAUCAGCCCAUUCGGGUUCACGCUCGGUAACUUCGCUCUCGAGAGCUGCUACUACAGCCUGACUGACCCCCUGGCGGUCAUUGCCCGUACACAGGUUCUGGAUUACUUCGAGUCCGUGGAACGUAUGCUUGGUCCCAAGCAUCUCGUUUUUGACUGGGAGAGCGGGCUGGAAAUCGGCAAGGGAGAUGAGCUCCUUAUCCAUCUUGUCGCACUACAGCUCGGGUUCCAUCGCAAUGAGGACGAUAUCCGCAAGUACUACGUCUGCGAGAGCAAGGAAUUUGCGGCCAUCUUCCCCGAAUUUGCGUACCUCAGGGAUAUCGUAUUCAUCUCCAAGUCCCUUGGGUGGUCCGGUCCUAUUGUGCCCACCUCCAGGUACUCGCUCGAGGACGCCACACUAAAGUGGUCAGUGGCAACCAGCGGUGCAACUGCCUCGCUCUCGGUUAAGGCGUUCGGAAAGCAACUGAAGGUUACGUCCAUCGGCAAGGUCCGCAGCUUCGAUGAGCACAACCAGACCUACUACAGGAAAAUGAUGAAGUGGUUCGUCACCUCCAGCAACACUAAGUCGCCUACCAGCGCUGCCGAUGCGCACAACCUGGUUAACGACUGCGAGAUUGCGAAUGAGACUGAUGUGCUCCACCUGCAGACAUUGCCAGACUACGGAGGUAACCUGGGUCGCCGCGAUUCGGAGCUGCUCCUGCAGUACCUCACUGCGUCGUAUGUGCGUAUACCGCUCAUCAUGCAGUUCUUCGCCAGCGAGGCGAACCUGCACGCCGUUGCGUCGGCACCCCUGCAGAAGGUUGUCAUGGCCUCGGUCUUCGAACCUGGCCUUUGGAAGAGCAGGGCAAACGACAACGUCUACCCGCAAAUGGCCCCGGUUCAGGAAGCCGAUGUGCUCUCUACACCCCUGGGGCUGUUGUUUAACGAGAUAUACUUCUCGGGGAGCUGCGUGCUGCUCUCGAUCGAACAAAUGCUCGAGCUUGCGCUUGAGCGUGACAACUGUGUCUUCCUAGGCGACGCAUCUAAGGUGCUGCCGUUCGCAGUCAGGCUCGCCACGCAUGUGUGCUACUACGUCUUCCAGGCAACUUCGCACUACAGGUUCACGGAGGCGGAGCAUGCCGAGCACUCGGAUAAGAAGCGCGUGUGUGGCAGCGGAUGGCGCAGCAACGUGCGCGGUCUCAAGUUGCAGUCGGAAGCUGCGUGCUUGGAACUAGAAGCGUUCCAGAAACGCAUGCGUGCGCUGAUGAUGGAGGCCGCAAAGGCGCUUAAAAAGCGUGCCGUGAAGGCCGCCAGGGCGAACGAGCAGAACGCUGCGGCACUCGCUAUGGCACAUACAGCCCUGAUCUACGGGUACGUCUUGCAGAUCGACGACGCCAUGAAGCAGCGUGGACUGAGUGAGCACGAGAAUGAGGACGACAUCCUGCUGUCGUUGGGCACAGCACUCAUUUUCGUCUUCGUCCACCAUCAGUUUGCCGUCGAAAGGUCGGUAAACCGCGUCGCCACCGACAUAAGUGAGGAUGACCCGGAUAACGAUGAGACCCUGUUCAUGCCUGAGUUGGAGCUUUUCGGCGUUGUCCAGAACGUCAGGUCACGCUUCUUGCGCUACUUGAGGUCGAAGGGACCCGCGUGUGACGACAUACUGGAGAAGCUGGUGCAGCAGGUUAGCCAGUUCGCCAUGUCCGAGUCCGAUGCGGCCAAACUCAGCAUGGAGCUCAGCACUGGCGACAACUGGCAUGAGCUGCAGUUCCCCGUGAUGUCGGGGCGCUUCACCAAAGCGUCAUGGGUGCACAGACAGUUUAAAAACCCCAGCUACGACGACGAGGAUGAGUCUGAUGUUGACGACGUGCUUAUGGACAGUUACUACGUUGAGGACGACUUUGACGGCUCGGCGGCCGACAAUGCGGAAGCUUCGUGGGCGUUCAGUUCACAGGUCAGAACGGGUAUAGAUAAAACCGGGGAGGACGCUGGCGCAGAUGAGCCCGUCCCGGCGGAGAACAAGGGCAUCAUAAGCCAGACGAAGGACAUUGUGGUCGACAACACCAAAAAGACAAUGGACAUGUCAGUGGCACUUGGAAAGAAGGUGUACCGCAAGCUUCGAAGGAAGGGCAAGUACGACAAAGCAGUUAGUCCCAUAGAAGCGUACGAGGAAUGGCUCAAGAUGCGGGUUAUGCAACACUGUGACAUUGAGAUAAACUUCCAGACAUGCGAGCUCUCACUCAAAAAGAACAGGUUGCAACUCCUUGGGCAGUGGGUCAACCAGUUCCCGCACUACGUGGAGCUCCUGGGCCAGGUCAACAGGCGGUCGACGGUGCAGAGCGCCACUGUCCAGCUACACCGCAACAGGCACUGGAUGCGGCUUGUUGGACGCAAGUACAACCUUAUCAUGUGGGACAAGGACAAUCGCGACUAUGCGCUACCUCCAAAGAUGACCUACAAGGCCAGCACUUGCCACAGCGGACUGGAGUGGCUGCCACCGAUCCUUGAUCCGUGGCUCAAACAGCAUUUGCCAAAGUGGACGGUAUACCUGGCAAAGACCGCACAAACUGCGGAGCUGGAGAAACCGCGUGACGAGGCUUAUGUAAAUCACGUACUCAAGAAACAAGGCAUUGACACAGUGCGUCUGUUCGCCACCUAUCAAAUGUCAAGCCAUCACACUGGCGAGGCUGCCGAUACAGACACGGUGGCAGUCUCCGAAUUCGACGGCAGCGACUUCAGCGGCAUCAAGGACUGCACACGUGACUAUAUUCCAAACGAUGAUAGCACGAUCGUAAAGAUCGCCAAGAACACCGUGGAGACAGUGUCGACAAUUUCCGGUGUCAUCACGGAUGCUGCCUCAACGUUGUCGAAGCUUGGCGGCAAAGGCAAAAGCAGCAAGAGCUCGUCCCAGAAUAUGUCAAAACAUGCGGCGGAGGUUGCCGCAGCCAACAAUGCAGUGCUGCCGAAGGAUGACGACGCGACCCCGACAUCCAGUUCGAAGCGCGUCGUGACCAAGGAGAUUAUCGUUGUUAAGGAGCCGUUGGCUAUUCACGUGUUCGAUCUCAUUGAGGAUGGUAGGACGUGGUACAGGUCUUUGUGUUACAGUUCGGACGCUACUCGGGCCUUCUGUGCCAGCCUGCCGAGAUACGUGACCGUCACCGGAUUGGUGGGCGGCCAGCCCGAACUCGCGGUCGGCAAGCCUUCCUGUCCCGCUCCACAACCCAAGAGUUCUCUGCUCGUUAUUCGAAACACGACAAAGGAAGAUAGCCUGCACGCUUCCAAUUUCGUAUCAAGCAGGGAACAGUUCGUGCUGCCGGAGUGCAUGAGGGGGUUGCUGCCUGACGUGCUGCUUGAGGAGUACUACUUCUGGCAGAACAUCAAAACCGCCGAUAUCAUGGGAUACCCGAAGCCCACCACCGCGGAGAGAUAUGCGAAAACAAGGCUCUGGAUUGAACUCGUGCCCUACGGAGCGCCUGACAACACGUACUUCCAGCAUGCUGCGGCCGCUGGUGUGGUUCGGCGUAUGCACGCCAACGCAGACUCGCAGGAUGAGUUGGAGAUGCUUGUGAACCUUCAAACCCCGAAAGACGAACUCGUAGAGUCGUUAACUAAAACGUUGUUGCGUCUGGAUGACCUCAGCCACAUUCUUGCCUGGUCACGCGGCAAGAGCAACCGCGUCGAAGUGGUUGAAUUCGCUAGGUUGGGGCUUACAUUCCGCGCCACUAGGGCAGGAGGUGGUACCAGCGGUAUUAUUAGGUACAUGUGUGAAGAACACAACGGGCUGUUCCUCAACUACGGUGACGUAUGGCAGAGCCCGCUCACGGCUGCGCUCAUCCGUGGUUUGGAAAACAGCCUGUUGCUGACGGAUGAAGACGGCGAACUGUACAUUCUCGUGUCCACAGUAAGAUGCCCCCUGCGUGUGUUCCCCAAAGUGCCACGAGGUAAUAUUUUGGCGCACGAAGUCGGGCAAAUCCUCCAAGGUGUGGCAUGGCCCGAGCUUAUCUACGAUGGUGGCAACAAAGACUGGCUGGCCGCCAUCGACAGCGGUAGCCGCCACUACAUGUACAAGGUGCAUUCAUCAAGAUCGUUCCUUUUCGUGCCGACCUACGCGUCAGGUCUUUUCUUGCUCCUCAACAGAUUCCUUGACAGGCAAUACGAGCAGGUGUGCCGCCUCAGCAGGACGACGCUGUUCGAUGACGGCAACCAAAGCAGCGAAGAAAAGGCAUUCUGGGAUGUCCUUGCCAAGAUAGACUCCACAUCCGAUAAGCACCCCGACGCUUAUGCGUGUAGGCUGCACCUCCUCUUGGAGGCCAGCAGACAGGGUCUUCACGUUGCCGAGGGUAUUAAGCUGAAGCACCAGAAGCGUGUGACGAAGCUGCAACGCAACAUCAAAACCAUAUUCGGCGCUGUGAAACCCUCCUCCACCCCCAAAGAGGCAGAAGAGUCCAAAAUCAACUGGGUGCUUCAUGAGGAGCUGCUGGGUUACGUAACCAACCUCAGGUUCGUAUCGGCCGGAUGCCGUCUCUCCAUUGAAGACGAAAAGGAUCUCCUGAGAUUAUGUCAGCCCUACUUUAAUCGUUUCCCGGUCCUGUCCAACAGGCUGGCCAUUUUGAAUUCGGUUAAUCAAGCGCAGGUCUCCGUAACGGGCAGGCGAUUCAGUCUAACUCAGAAAAUCGAGUUGACCUUGCCCAACAAGCCCAACGUGUACAACUACGACAGCACCUGCGAUAAGAGCUGUGUUGAGAGGAACAUAUACGUCGAUGCGGCCGCCAAUGUGCUGUCAAGCGUGCGCUGCAAAAGGCCGGAUUCCGUUUUGUCAGGGCCUGACGCACUUGCCUAUGUUGACAAGAUCCUCGCUAAGGGUGUGGGACAAAGCGACUUUGUCAUCGUCUAUGAAAUGCUUUGUGGCAUCUUCCCGCUGUCAACCUUGCCGUACGAGCCCACGCAUAAGUGGGGAGCGAUGCUGACUCGGUUCAUCGCCCACAAAGAGCAGAACACCAAGAAUAUCAUGCUGUCGACGCUCAAGAUACUUAGUACCGAUAUGACCUUGGGUAGCCAUAUGCCGCGGGUGCCGCCGGAAGUGACUCAAAAGCAGAAGUUCCCAUCACUCUUCUCACGUGUUCAACAGCCGUUCCAGAAGUUCAUGGGUGAGCUGCAACGUACACUCGGCAGGUUGGACGACAGAGAGCAAAUCAAGUGGCCUGAGGAUUACAAACGCCACCAUAAGUAUGAAUACGUUCUCAGGAUGAAUGCGACCAUACCGCAAGGCCACAACUUGGUGCCGUGGUCAUUCGUGCACUACGAGACCGAUUACACCAGGGAUACUAUGGUCCUAACACCGUGCCGCGUUGGUGAUGCUGUCAUAGACUCGAAAUUCAUCUCUGCAAUGGGCUCCGAGGUUCUCAAGGAGGUCAUGGAGCCGCGGACGUCGGUCGAAACGGCAGAACUCACUGAAGAGCAGAAAAAGCUGCCAAUUAGUCUAGACGGACACUGGAUCAUGAAGUACGCGCCCGCGCGGAAGAUGAUGAAGCGUCUUGAGUCGGAUUACGAAUUCUACCUUAAAGAGGAGGCCAUGGAAAACCAGAAACAGUUCACCGGUUUCACACUCGCUCAUGUCGAGGCGAUGGCUGAAAAGCCGGAAUUACUGGCCGAUGAAUUCCGCAAACUCCAAACGUUGCGUGAGCGUUUGCUAGACCUGUUCAAAAGCGACGGUCAGUUCGUUGAGUCUGGUAUCCGAUCGGCUCUGCGCCAGUCCAACUCCAUCUUGAGCAAGGACGUGUCCGACAAUGCCAAUGUUGACGUCAUGCAGUGCUGGGGUUACAUCUUUGGUAAACUGGCUGGUAUCGAGUGCCUCGUGGGACUAGACCAGUUGGUGGACUGUUUGGUAUCUUCAAAUGGCGAGCAAAACCUGCUUAUCCUUAACCCCUUCAUAGACAAGCCUAAAGACGUAUUGUGUCUAAUGGCUGCGGUCAUGCUAUCGGUUAACAGGCGCUGCCUUACGGCAAAGACGAUAUGCCAGCUCAUGUUGGUGCUCCAAUCCAUGAAAAAGCUGUCGCAAGGGAAACUGACCGGUGAUGCGUUAGCUGCACUCAAGGUCGACAUCAGCACUGCCAGCCGCACGCUCUCCAAUCGGAUGAACACCGCUAGGCAUUACAUGCAACUCAUGGUGGAAUCCGAUAACGAGACGCAGGCAGUGCUUGAUCCGCGGUUGUUGCUGUUCGAGUUCUCCGGCAACAUCAUCCUGCACAAAAGGCAGGUGGAGCUCGUUAGGAACUUCGUGGAUUCUGCACGCAAAGGCGAGAGCCGAUGCCACCAGAUGAUCAUGGGAGAAGGUAAGACAACAGUGGUGGGUCCGCUGUUGUCCGUGCUUCUGGCUGACGGUGAGCGUCUCUUCGUGCAAAUUUGCCCGCAUGAACUGUUGGAGUUCACGAGGGCUACUCUCAGGGAGAAAUUCUCUGCGGUUAUACACAAGGGAGUGUUCACUCUGCGGUUUAGCAGGUUUGACAGCGCUACACCUGAACUCUACCUCAAGUUGCUGCAAGCCAAGCAGACCAGGUCGGUGGUCAUAUGCACCCCCACGAGUAUCAAGUCGAUAUUCCUGAAGGUCAUUUCUUGUUUCCAUAAGCUUGAUUCGGGCACACUGGUGAACGAUUCUGCCAUCAAACGGAUCAACCACCUGCAUCAGAGGCUUGUCAAGAUCUGGAACAUGAAGGGAACUUCCAAGCUGAUCCCAUCAACAGUGAGCAAGGAGAAAGACAAGGGCAAAGACAAAUCCAAAGAGAAAGAAGCUGAAAAGGAUAAAGAGCAAAUUAAGGACAAAGAAAACACGUACCGCGCCGUUCAACUUGAGCUCGACAUGUGCCUACGCAUCCUCGAGUUGUUCGCCAGCGCCGUCGUGCUCAUGGACGAAAUCGAUCUGCUUUUGCACCCCUUGAAGAGUGAGUUGCAUUGGCCCAUCGGAGAAAAAAAGCCGCUGGUGCAUUUGCGCAGCUCGGAUCACAACAUCAGGUGGCUGCUGCCCUGGUACAUGCUCAGGGUCAUGGUGCACAACACCAAGGAGCAGAUUUCGAAGCACGAAACGGUUCUUCUGGAGCGUAUCCAGCUUUGCUUCAGCGAAGGUGUUGUAGGAUGCCACGUCAGUCAGUCGCCGCAUCUCGUGCUGCUCAACCAGCAGUGGUACUUCGGUGAGAUGCUGCCGCUCAUGGCUGAGUGGGUUGCAAUGUAUCUGAAGAAACACCAGCUCGUCGUGGAGACGUCGCAGCAAUGCGUCGACUAUCUCACCACCGGCAUGCCAACAGCUGCCUUGCAGUCUGUUGAGGUGCUCAGCUGUGCAAAAGAGUGGCUGUGGUCCACCUUCCCACAUGUCAUUUCCAGGGUCAACCUGGUUAACUAUGGUGUUCUGAGCGUCAAGCAGUUGGAGGAAAUAUUGCUGAUCAACCCCAACACGCCGCAGUCGAGACGUAUGCUCGCUGUGCCAUUCGUUGGAAAAGGUACGCCGAGCAAAUACUCCGAAUUCUCGCAUCCGGAUGUGCUCAUCGGAUUCACGAUCUUGGCUUAUCUCUACCAGGGUCUCAGGAGGUCAGAUUUCGUUCUGGCUCUCAGGCACCUGGCGCAACAGUUCUACGAGGAGCCGGGUCACUUGUCGGAGAGACAGGCGUACAAAACGUUCAACAGAUGGGUGCUGAGUGCUGGUGGAAGUCUCAGGGAAUCGAAGCGCAAGUCCACUAGGCAAUACCACUACCUGUGCGACAUUACGGACGAGCAUAUAUUUAACCCAGUUGAAUACGUGGAUCGUGCAGCCGAUAUAUGGACCCUGGACGUUGUCAAUGUUUACGAUGAGGAGCAGCUAGAUGUCUUGUACAACCUGCUGAAGAACGACGGUCUCGUUAUCGAGUACUUCCUGUGCAACGUUCUCUUCCCUGAGGCCAUGGAGCACACCACCCUGCAGCUCACAGCCAGUGCCAUGGAACUCGGAAGCUCUAUGUUGUUCCCCAUUAGGUUAGGUUUCUCUGGAACGCCCUCGCAGCUGCUGCCCGUGGAAAUGGGUAAAUGCCACUACAGCGAGGGUACCGAUGGCAUGAUUCUCAAGAUACUCACCGACGAUAACGUGGUCAAGGGGCCCACGAUAUUGCAAAAGGGGUGGACCAGUGAAACAAUUCUGGAUUUGGUGGCUAAGAGCCCUCUUAAACCGCUGGCUCUAAUUGACACCGGUGCGCUCAUUACGAGCCUCAGCAACUUGCAAGUGGCGCAGGAGCUACUUAAGCGUGGUCUAGAUCACGUUGAUGGUGUUGUAUAUCUUGACGACAUGGACAGGCAGAUGGUGCUUCUGCGUGACCGUUGGCGUAGCACACUGCUGACGCACUGUGGUAUCCCUCCCGAGCGCCGUCUGAGUUUCUACGAUCAGGUGCAUUCCACAGGGCAGGACAUCCGACAAGCGGCGCACGCAACCGCAUUCAUCACGAUUGGCGCUGACAUGACGCUCAGGGAUUACUCGCAGGGUGCGUGGAGGAUGAGAGGAAUCGGUAAGGGGCAGACGCUGCACCUUAUCAUCCCUCGUGAAGUUGAGACCCUCAUUGCAACUGACCAGAAGAAUGAAAGGAGCAAGAUCAAGCAAUGUGUGCAAUGGCUGAUUGUCCGUGGUAUCACAAGUGAGAUGAGGUUUUCGCGGGUGCUGCUUGAGCAGUCCGUGCAGAAUGUGAUCCGCAAAAAGAGUUUCCAAAAACUCAUCCAGAACCAUCUUGGUGUGACAGAGGGUGAGGGAGACGGGCUCAAACAGUACGUCAACAUAUUCCGUGAAGUUAAGGACUACUCGAUUCCGAAUACAUUCGAACCGAAACGCACGUUGAGCGAGCGCAUACGCGCCUAUGUCAAAUUCCACAAGGUAGACGAUGCCACUCUGCAGACGUUUGUCGACACUUCCAUGGUGCCCUUGAAGCUCUCCGACAUCAAAGAAGUAGACCCCAAGGUCAAGAAGGCUGCACCUCUGAAGAGUACGGCUGUUGGAGACGAACUGUUUGACAUCUUCGCAACGCAGGACGAAGAGUUGGAUGCUGGUAGCGAAAAUGACGAGCCCUAUGACGAGCAGAUGCAAGCCGAUGCGAGCGAGCAAACCAAAGAAAGGCAGAUGAAGCAGGAUUAUCUAGAAAUGGAAAAAUUGCCGUCCAGCGAGGAGAUGAAUUACGAGCAGGAGCACGAACAGGAAAUGGAGGUGCUAGAGGAGGAGGAAGAGGAAGAAGAGGCUACACACCAAAGGCAGCAGAUGAAGGAGGAGGAACACCAGGUGGAAGAGGAACUUCCAGUGCCUCAUAGGUACAGCCGAAGCGAGGAGGAAAUCAUCAGGUGGAACCUCGAACAACUGUCCAAGGACCCCACGAGCUGCGGGUUCCUCAGUUGCAAGGACUUCUACCUUUUCAGGAAGGAUGCGACGCAACUCACCAUGCCCUUCCCAAACUACCUUUCUAUCAGUCCCAACUUCUAUAAGAUCAAGUGGUCGGCUAACUCGUACCGCCGUCUGAAGAAUGUUAUCGUUGUAAUAGACGUCACUGGCGAACUAGAAAGCGACAUUUUGGCUGGUAUACAGGGGGCAGAUCAACAGGGUGUUGUAAGUCCACAGGCUGCGGCGGCGGCGGAGGUCGCGGCUGCGCAGAGCCAGGACAUCUCAAUACCACGCGGAUUCAAGCGCAGAAUUCAACGCGCUUUCGAAAUCCUGGGCAACAUGCCAGAGAAGACAGUGUCGUUACCCGUGGCACUCAGCAUCAUCCGUGCCAUUGAUCCGGAGGAGCCUCAGGACGGUGAACUUAUAUCGUCCUACAUUGCAAACGAACUUGGCCGAAACGGGGCCAGGCUGGAGGAACAGUGUACGCAGCAAAUGCUGCUCGAUAGCAUGACAUCGAUGUACAGCAUCAACAAGCAACGCAGGUACCUGGUUGUCACGCUGGCUGAAGCGGAGGCUAUAAGGGCGUGGUUGCACAGGAGCCGCACCAAGGCUAAAAUUGGGCUUCGUAACCUUGGUGCCAGGUUCCAACCUUUCGACACCUCGCUUGCCUAUGCGCAAACUAGACCGCAGAAGAUCGCAGCGCUUGUCGGGUUACAGUCUCGCAUUGCCUAUGCCUGCCUCAAGUUUUUCAACUCAGAGAUGCAGUACACGUCGUUACAGGUCAUGCUCCUAAGGGAGGUAUUCGAAACCGUUUCUCCCUCGGAGUGUUUGAAUUACUUCCAGCAACUGCGUGAAAUGAGAUUGGUUGUGCAAAAUAUCAAAACUGCACUUGGCGGAUCGAGCAUGCUCAGCAAGCUCUUCCAAUCGUCAAGUACCGAUGAAAUCAUCAUGAGGCUGCUUAAUAUCAAGUUGCAUCAGAUAUCGUGCGAGCGUGGCGGACCUCGCGGUCUGAUGGCUUCCCUCAAGACUGAGAAGUUAAGCGGUCAGAUGCUCACCGGACUUAUUAACUCCAGCCCUCAGCGACCUUUGGCUCAGCCAAACGAACUCAGGGCAUUCCUACAGUAUCUGGAUCGCGAUAUAGAUGGUGUCGUCAGCUUAUCCGAUCUGGAGAGCUCGUUUGACGAGCUUGUAGAUGUCGCAGCGGACCUGAACGCAUACUGGGGCGUGAGGUUCACUGUUACUGUCCACAGUGAUGUGCGGCCCGUGGUAAGGUGCGCCGAUUUUGCCGUCUGGACUCCCAAGAAGCUUGGCCACUCCUUGGAUGUCGAGAUGCAUCAGCUCGCGCACCACUUUACGGCGCCAGGAGAAGGUGUAGUGGAGUGCGCCGUUCUCAAGUGCGUCAAUAAGACCGGUGUGCCGUCACCACUCAAGAAAUUCUGCCGACUGCCCGUCGGCUUCAAGAAACUCUGGCAGGACAGCGUUGAAGACCCCCAAAUCUUCUUGUGGCAGCCUAUUGCUCCCGAGGGUCACACGGCGAUUGGAAUCGCUGCUACUCGCGUAGAUGAGACGCCCAGCGACCAUUCCGCUAUAUGCCCGCCUUCGAAAUGGAUCGAAGAUGUUAUAUCGCCCGAACAGGUCUUGGAGGCUGACGGUUUCGACAGCGAAUUGCAGCCCAUGCGCAUCAAGCUCUGCCUGUGGCAAGGCGCCGCGAACGUCGGCAAAGCUAUUGCGCUUAAAGGCACAACCUUUGCACUGCAACCCAACCUUUUGGACAUGAUGGACACCGUGCCGGAGCUGCUGCCACUGCACUGA